CAAAUAAACUUCAUUUUUUUUACACAACAGUGUUUCAUGCACGUCUUAUAAAUUCAAAUUUUCCCCAGUCUUACAUCAAACGACAGUAUGUUUAGCUUCUUCUGGUGUGCAUCAGGAGUUAGACAUGUAAUCUGAGCCUGAUAACAAAAUAUUUCUACUGCACUGUAUCUUAAAAUGUAUUGGUGUUUAUUUGCUCACAUUGAAUACAUGUCAUUGUUUUUAACAAUUCAGUGAAAUACUAAACUGUGUUCAUCACAUGGAGCCAGGAAAGAUCGUCUGAAACCAUACAGAGUUGUUCUGAACAGAAAAUUUGGAAUUUUGUUGGGACAGAAAUGCUGUCAGUGCCUCAUCUUCCCCUCCAUGAUUCUCAGGUUCAGCCAUCAGGAAAUGAUGGGAUGACAGCCAGGAAUAUGGCCCUAGGUAUAAUCUUCUUAUCCCAAACUGCACUUGGACUUCUGGGAAAUUCUUCUGUCUUCUUCAAUUACUUAUUGCUUUGUUUUUCGAGGUACAAGCUGAACUCCACAGACUGGAUGUUGAAUUAUUUGGUUGUAGCAAACUUCUUAACUCUGCUGUGCAAAGGAGUGCCCCAGACCAUGGCAGCUUUUGGGCUUAAAGAUUUCCUAAGUGAUUUUGGGUGCAAUCUCCUCUUUUACAUUCACAAAAUGGGCAGGGGUACAUGUAUUUGCAGCAGCAGUUUGAUGAGUGUCUUCCAGGCCAUCACAAUCAGCAACAGGAACUUUAUGUGGAAAGAGUUUAAAGCCAAAUCAUCCAAGUUCAGUGGCUUCUUUCUGUGUCUUUGUUGCACUCUGAACAUCCUCAUGAGUACUUAUAAUCUCUUUUACAUGACUGGAAAAUUGGGCCACAGAAAUAUGACAAUUAUACAAGACUUUGGCUUCUGCUCUGUUUGUCUUGACAAAACUGGACAAAUCCUGCAUACUAUAUUCCUUCCUCUCCCUGAUGUUGUGUAUCUGGGACUCUUGGUCUGGACCAGCAUAUCUACUGUUCUCAUCUUGCACAGGCACAAGCAGAGACUGGAGCACAUUCCCAGAAACAAACAUUCUUCACAAUCAUCCACGGAGUCCAGGGUUAUAAAAACCAUCCUUCUUCAAUUGAGUACAUUUAUGUUAUGUUAUAUAAUUUCCUGCCUCUUUCAACUGUUUCUGUCUUUCUUGCAUAACCCAAGCUGGUUACUCAUAAACAUAUCCAUUGUCAUUUCUGGGUGUUUCCCAGCUAUGAGUCCCUUUCUGCUCAUGAACCACUACUCCAUAGCAUCUAGCCACUGUGUUCCUUGCAUGAGAAAUUGGCAAAACCUGAUAUGAUUAGAAACAUAUAAAUUCAAUGCUUCUGGAUGGUUAUUGACUAAUUCCUUAUGCCACAGAAGUAUAUGCACAUGGUGGACAGUCAUCACCCAUAACAUUGGUGAUUAUGCAUAAACUUUUGUGUUAUAGGAUGUGUAUGUAUCUGUUUCUAGGCAAGUGCAAACAAAUUGCUCACUCAGAUUGUGUUAACCAUACAUCAAGCAAUGUAUUUGUCAUGCAGUUUGUGACAUAUGCAAACUUCAAAGGCUAAAUAUAAACACAUGAAUGUAAAUUUUAGAUUUCUGAAAAAACUUACUGUCACCAUGAUGAACUGACUCUGAACAUCAACUAUAUCCAUGGUUUUAUAUAUAUAUAUUUUUUUGGCAAUUACUUUGAUAUAUCAAAUUUAUUUUUCCUUGCUCUGUGUCUAUGCUUCUAUCUGUAUUUGUAUUUCUUCCAAUAAAUACAGUGUCUAUGGUUUCU